AUGGCACAGUUACAAGAGUUGUUCAACCAGGCGGUAAAGCCUCUCCCAAAAAUUGAGGAUAAAACAUUCGCAUCCUACUUCGACUCGUUUGCAGAUAAACAGGUGAUGCUCCUUGGGGACGGGAGUCAUGGGACAUCUGAGUUCUAUCAUGCGCGUGCGGAGAUCACAAAGCGGAUGAUCCAGGAACAUGGCUACACCAUAGUCGCCGUGGAAGCGGACUGGCCGGACGCCGAAGCCAUUGACCGAUAUGUUCGCUUGAGACCUGGCCCAAAGGCGCAAAUUGGAGGCAUGGCAAAGGGAUUCGAACCCUUCAAGCGUUUUCCGACUUGGAUGUGGCGCAAUCGCGAGAUGCAAGAGUUCGUCGAAUGGAUGCGCGACUGGAACAGCACCCAACCACCUGAAAAGCGUGCAGGCUUCUACGGUCUGGACUUGUAUAGCAUGCGCUCAUCAAUCCGUGCAGUUAUAGAGUAUCUCGAUCGCAUUGACCCGGAAGCUGGGAAGAUGGCGCGAAAACGCUACGGUUGCCUCGAACGUUGGGUUGAGGACCCUUCAGCUUACGGUCUAGCCGCCAUACGUGGGAUGGAAGAUUGCGAGCCUCAGGUGAUGAAGAUGUUGCGAGAUCUCCUUGCCAACAGACUUAUAUACAUCGAGUCUGAUCCGCGUGAUGGCGAGGAAUACCAGAGUUCAUCGCAGAACGCAUUCCUUGUGCGAGAUGCCGAGCAGUACUACAAGUCGAUGUAUUGGAGCUCAGCUACUUCUUGGACGCUGCGAGAUACACACAUGGUCGACACUUUGCAGCGUAUCUUGCAACACCGUCCACCGCCAGAACACAAAGCUGUAGUAUGGGCACACAAUUCUCAUGUUGGUGACGCUCGAUUUACUAGCAUGGGAAGCCGCCGAAACGAAGUCAACAUUGGCCAACUAUGCCGAGAGCGACUGGGCCGUGAGAAUGUCGCAAUUCUCGGAUGUGGAACACACACCGGCACUGUUGCAGCAGCACAUGAAUGGGAUGAUGAUAUGGAAGUCAUGACUGUUAAUCCAUCCAGAAAGGACAGUUGGGAAAUCGUGGCGCAUAACACCGGCGUCCCUAUUUUCCUGCUAGACCUUCGAGAAGAGCACAUUGAUCCGAAUCUGCGGGCUGCACUCGCAAGAGAAAAUCGUCUUGAGAGAUUUAUCGGUGUCAUAUACCGCCCCGAUACCGAGAGAAUGUCACAUUAUUCACAAGCUCAGCUCCACAAACAAUUUGACGGCUACAUCUGGUUCGAUCGUACAGCAGCGGUUAAACCACUCGAGAUCAUUCAGCCCGUCACGCCGCUCGGAAAGGAGGAGACAUACCCAUUUGGACUUUAG